AUGUCGAAACGGUCGGCCACUUCCAAACCGAUUGCUUCAAUUUUUCAAAAGAAAGUCAAAACCACAGUUCAAGAAGACGAUGGAAGCCAGAAGAACUGGAACAUUGUUUGUUGGAAUGUGGCUGGACUACGAGCAUGUAUAAAGGUUCGAAUCAAUUCAGUUUCUAAAAUACAACUCUAUUCUAGAAAAACGACUUCUCCGAAAUUCUAUCUGAAAACCCUGAUAUAAUCUUUCUUGGUGAGACAAAAUGUACAGUAUGGCCCGAAGAAUUCAGUAACAAAUUCGAAGGAUACACAAAAACAUUGGUCGUUUCCCAAGAAAAAAGUGGAGGUUAUGCUGGAGUUGGAUUAUUGAGCAAAGUUGCACCAAUAAAAGUUACGAAAGGAAUCGGAAAUGAAAAUUUUGACACAGCUGGAAGACUUGUAAUUGCUGAAUUUGCCCAUUUUUAUUUUGUUGGUGCUUAUGUUCCAAAUUCUGGCACAAAAUUAGUGAAUCUUGGAAAACGAGAAGAAUGGGAAAAGCUUUUCAUCGAAAAAAUAAAAGAAUUAGAUGCAAAAAAACCAGUAAUUUAUGGAGGUGAUUUGAAUGUUGCACACAAUGAAAUCGAUCUCCGAAAUCCGGAUACAAAUCGCAACAAAACUCCAGGAUUCACAGAUCAAGAACGGGGAUGGUUUGGUGACUUACUUUCAGCUGGUUUCAAAGAUUCAUUCCGUGAACUUCAUCCAGAAGACAAAACAUAUUCAUUUUGGACUUAUAUGGCAAAUGCGAGAAGUCGAGAUGUUGGAUGGAGACUUGAUUAUUAUGUUGUUAGUGAGAGAAUUAUGGAGAAGGUGAGGUUUGAAUUAUUUUGCCGUGCAGCAAAAUUGAAAAAAUGACCCAACUCACGUUUUUUUGAAUGGCGGCUGAUUGCAAUGUUUAAUUUUUCAAAAAAUGAAAUUCUUCUAAAUUUUUGGAAACAAAAAUAUUUUGCGUGAACUAGAAAGCAUUUCAAAAAUGUAUUUUUCUUGCUCAGCAACUGACUCCGUAGACUGACUGUACAAAUUGAAGAAGUGUGAAUACAGCGGAUGAACGCUGUAUUCACACGUUUUUUCCCGAAAAUCGUAGGUUCAUUUUAUCUACAGCGUAGCUUCGGAAAAAAUCAAAUUCGUAGCUACGCAGAUGCCAAAUAGUUGAUACGCACAUCUUAAAUUCUAACGAGAGCUGCCUCGCGUCUCACAAUCAGAGAUGAAAACGUACGUACAGCGUAUCUCCGCUGUAGCUACACAAUUCGCAGACAGAAAUGAAAUGAAGUGACCGCUCUAUAAAUAUUAUUUUUGAAUCCGUAGCUACGCCGUUGCUGUUCUGUAGCUACUUUGUAGAUAAACGGAUGUUACUUAUGUGCAAUUCUCUCUUCCCCGUUUUCGUAAAAGUAUCAACGACAUUUGUACAGUCAGUCUACAGAGUCAAGUGCUGAGUGAUUUUCCUGGUAUUUUCUCGAAAAAGUGUAGUUUUCAUUAAUUUUCAGAGAAUUUCGAAAAUUAAAAUCAACAUAUUUUUGGUCACCACUUUUUUCAGGGGUGAAUCUGAGAAAAUUAAAAGUCGUCUUGUUUGACAAAUAUAUUUCAAAGUUUCUUGUCUUUCAGGUGAAAUCCAGCGAAAUUCGCACAAAAGUAAUGGGAAGUGAUCAUGCUCCAAUUGUUCUCAACAUCGAAUUCUAA